CAUCGAUGCGUUGGCAGCAGUGUCGACGAACUGGAGUCUUGCAGCAUCGUGGAGCGACGGAACGGAGCACGCUGGGCACGUCGACGUGGUAACCGAUAAUUGUCGUCGAGGACGAGGAAGAGGAACCGAGUGAGAUUCAAGUGGAUUUCGAGAACGAAUCUCACGCGCGCGCGCGGUGGUCGAGAGCCAGGCGAGAAAAAAACAGAGGAAAAAAACGAAGAGUCGCCGGGAGGUCAACCCAAGAGUCGCAACCAAGCGUGUGUCAAGGAGCACGAUCACUCGUCGUUCUACAAGUUCCUGCAAAUGGAGCACAACCACAAAAAUCUGGACUGCUACUUCUUUUACUAUUCCACGUGCAAGAAGGGUGACUUCUGCCCGUACAGACAUGAACCAUCUGCUCUGGGUUGUGAAACCAUGUGUACAUACUGGCAACAGGGAAAUUGCCUUAAUGAGCAUUGUAAUUUCAGACACAUGGAAUUAAAGAAAAAUCGCAAGUCAAUUCCUUGUUAUUGGGAAACACAACCUGGAGGAUGUAGAAAGCCUCAUUGUCCAUUUAUGCAUGCAAGCCCACGCACUAUUUCUAGUGACCCUAUCAAUCCCGUGAAGACCACAGAAGUAGCAACAAAAUCUCCGAAUCAAGAGUGGCUCAACCGUCAAGAUGACCCAAAGUAUGACGGCAGCAGCACUACUGAGUCGGAGCAAGGUAGAGGAAACAGCGAAGCUGGUAGUUUUAUCGGCAGUCCCGCCGUUGAUCCUCUCAUCGUCAAAUUCGAAGAAGAAUCUGAUAACGAAAGUGCACCGUCACCUGUAAAAUCGCAGCCCAAGGUGCCGUACUGCAAGACUUAUGAGCAGAUGAGACUUGAAGAGAUCCAGGCGGAGAGCGCAGCUUAUUACUCAUAUGAAGCUGGCAAUGACGAUGGACUUUAUCAGAGACAAGUGGGCAAGACGUCUAAGACCGGGAUGACUAAUCGGUGGAUCAGCCCGUCGAGAAUCAAGAAAGAUGAGCCGACGAAAGAAUUGACUUUCAAGGUGUUGAGCCUGGAGGAGAUUCGACAACGAAAGAAGGAGAGGGAACUGGCCGUUAAAGCACUGACAACGGACACGAAGUCCGUUAUGAUGGAGUCUUCUUCGUCACCUAUCGAAGUGAAGAGUGUGAAAAGGCGCUCGCUCGAAGAGCAACAAGGGGAUAAGGAGAGUGUCAGUCCACCGAAGAGAUGUAAGAUCAGCUCCGAAUUCGCCAAGAGUAGUGAACCUAAGGUGCGACCGGUGAAACUGCGAAGGUCCCUGAAGAACGCUUCAAGGGAGAUCGAAACGCAGCCGUGCGAAGACGCGGAGACUGUAAACGAACGUGGGAUGGCGACGGACAGUCUUCGAGACGACGAGCUUUCAUGUCGUGAGAGACUGGAGAGCCACAGCGAUGAGUCGGUUAACGCGAACAGGAGGAUCGAUGUUGAGAUUAGAUUGUGCGAUAGUAGCACGAACGAAGAGAAAACUCAAACGCAAUUGGAACAAGCGACGGAAGACAGGAAGUCGGUUGCGACGUAUACGACGGAGGACAUUAUGAACACUACGUUGUUGGACGUCGGUCAACCGUACACGCAAACCGACGAAGAGUACCUGAGACUGGAUACAUCAUCCGACGAUAUUAUGCGGGAUAUCGAAGACUUACUCAAGUAAAAAAGCAUUCAAGCGAUUUUAAGCGAAUCUACGCAAAUAGAUACCUAAAGCGCAUUUUUCUUUUUUCCCAUAAUGUUUAAAAAGAUUUUACAUAAACAUUUGUCUACUUAAGUACAAAUAUAGAUAAGAUCAUACAAAAUUUACAUCAUGCGAGAGAUUGUAUAGUUACAAUUUAUAUAGACGAUGAUUUAGCAAAUUGUUAAUAUUGAAGUUCCAUUCUUACAUCUUAACUUCAAAAUAGGUUUUAUCGCAUUAUAUCACGUUCGUUUUUAUUUAGAAAUUGUGCAUUAAUUUCAAUAUUUACAUUAAUUCACAUUGUUUUUAUCCAUUUUAUGUUUUUUAAAAAUCUUAUUUUAAUUGUGGAAUUGCCGAAAAAAUGCAAUAAUAAGUUAUCAUAAGUACAGACUUAUAUGACAUUCUAAACCAAAAGAAAAUUUAAUGAUUGGACUGAUACGGAAUAAUAUGAUUUCUGUUAUGUGUUUUGAGAAUAGGAUAUGCAUAGAGAUUUUUAAAAAUACAUAACAAUAAAAGAGCAGUAUGAAUUUGUUUUAAUAUUUACACUCGACAUCAUAUAUAUAUCUUCGCGUAUGAAAAUUUAAGCCGGAU